GCCCAGCCAUGGCGGUGGGUGGCGGUGCGUUGCGCGCGCUCGUCGUGGCGGGCUUCGUGUGCUGGUACAGCACGGGCGUGUUCCGGGCCAUGGACAGCCACUUCGGCAGCCACUUCGGCCAGUACCUGCGCAAGCAGAUUCGCAGCAACGAGCACAUGCGCAAGGACCUGGAGGCGGAUCGGCGCGCCAUGGAGCGGGUGCUGCAGGCCAAAGGCAGGGAGCUGCCCGCGCCCAAGGACGACAAGUCCCUGCUCGAGGACCUCAUUCAGCGAUUCCGGGGCGCCGAGCAAGGCUUGCAGCGAGCGGCGGGCAGCGACGGCCGUCGCCAGGCGUGCCCCGAGAACCGUCAGUCGCUGGACAAGCACGGCCUGCUUGUCCCGCUGGAGGAGGCCUGCGUCGCGGUCCAGGACGAGGUCCAGGAUGACGGCGCAGAUGACUCCUGCCCGGCGGCGCGCGGCCCUCCGGUGUGCGAGGUGCCGCCAGCCGCGUGAACUCCGUGACGGACUUCUCAAAAGAUUUGUUGUACACUCUAAAUAAAUGAAAAUAACGGUGCUGUGAUUUAGCGAGCCGGGCGACAAAUGAAUGCCUUUUCGCUUCACCGGGUGCCAGUCGGGGCGGCGAGGCCGCGGCGCUGCGUGUGGCCAAAGCUUAUUCCCGCGUCGUGAAAUCGUGAAAUCGCGGCGCCGAAAUCGGUAGCCAUGCAAUCACUCUCUGAAUGGGCGCGGCGCGUCCGCGCAGCCUGCACAGUCUGCACGGGCCUUUCACCAGAAUCUCGAGAUUGCGUUUAUAAAUAACGUAACGUGGCGACGAGGCGGGGGUAUUAUUUUUAGCGCGUCUCUCACUCGCUCUCUCAGACAGAGCAACCCGCCGCCUGACGAGUUGAAAAGUAGUCGUCUGGAAGUAGUCGCGGAGGGGCGGCGUCGCGGGGCGAGGUGCGAACUGCACCGGAGAGAGUAGCGGCGCUUACACAGUCUGCCACGAGAGCGCGCUGCAGUCCACCGCAAAUCCUCAUUUGGCGUGUAUGUAGCAGCGCUUUGCUCUGGUGUAUGAAGCCGACGUCACUUCCCCCGCCCCCUCCGUCUUCUCUCUCUCUCUCUCUCUCUCUCUCUCUCUCUCUCUCUCUCUCUCUCUCUCUCUCUCUGUCGCUCCCCACUCGGAGGCCACCGGGGGAAAGACAGCAAGUCUCCGACAUGAGCAGAACAAAGUGCGGCGGCCAACUGGCCAGCGCAGUCGGGGAUUUAUCCAGCUCGAGCCCCCUCCCCCUCCCCCUUUCCUCUCUGGCCCCGACGCCCCGGCAAACUCGCCAGCCGCUCUUGAGUUGCAGUGCACCUUGUAGUUGCGGCGCACGGUUUACCCCGGUCCGCCCCCAGCCGCCUCGACGCAGCACGCCGCCGCCGUUCCGCAGAAUUCGACGCGGAAAUGGAUGUGAAAAUGAAACA